AGCCGGCGGCGGCGGCGGCGGCCGAGCGGGGUCAGUUCUCUGUAGUGUUUGCCAAUGUUGGAGCUGUCUGCAAAGUGUCCCUGGCAAGAAGUUUUUGGAGCCGUGAGGGAUACAGCAGUUUGGUCAAUAUUGUCUUAACAUGCUUCAGAUAAAUCAGAGAUAAUCAGUGCUAACAUUUUGGGGUGUAUACUUCUAGAUUUUUUUCUAUACAGUAGGCUCCUACUAUUCCAGCCACCAAAUUGACUUGAAGCCUAUUUCAAAAUAUCUUCAGUGAUGACAUUCUUAGGUCUCUUGAAAAUGUAUACCUAUGUAACAUUCUUCUCUCCAAGAUAAAAUGGCAAAUCCAAAAGAAAAAACUCCAAUGUGUCUGGUAAAUGAGUUAGCCCGUUUCAAUAGCGUCCAACCCCAGUAUAAACUUCUGAAUGAAAGAGGGCCUGCUCAUUCAAAGAUGUUCUCAGUGCAGCUGAGUCUUGGUGAACAGACAUGGGAAUCCGAAGGGAGCAGUGUAAAGAAGGCCCAACAAGCUGUUGCUAAUAAAGCUCUGACUGAAUCCACGCUUCCCAAACCGGUUCAGAAACCACCCAAAAGUAAUGUUAAUAAUAACCCAGGCAGUAUAACUCCAACUGUGGAACUGAAUGGGCUUGCUAUGAAAAGGGGAGAGCCUGCCAUCUACAGGCCAUUAGAUCCAAAGCCAUUCCCAAAUUAUAGAGCUAAUUACAACUUUCGGGGAAUGUACAAUCAGAGGUAUCAUUGCCCAAUGCCUAAGAUCUUUUAUGUUCAGCUGACGGUAGGAAAUAAUGAAUUUUUUGGGGAAGGAAAGACUCGACAAGCUGCUAGACACAAUGCUGCAAUGAAAGCCCUUCAAGCACUGCAGAAUGAACCUAUUCCAGAAAAAUCAUCUCAGAAUGGCGAGUCAGGAAAAGAAACGGACGACGACAAAGAUGCAAAUAAGUCUGAGAUCAGCUUAGUGUUCGAGAUUGCUCUCAAGCGAAAUAUGCCUGUCAGUUUUGAGGUUAUCAAAGAAAGUGGACCACCACAUAUGAAAAGCUUUGUUACUCGAGUGUCAGUGGGAGAGUUUUCUGCAGAAGGAGAGGGAAAUAGCAAAAAACUCUCCAAGAAGCGUGCUGCAACCACUGUCUUACAGGAACUUAAAAAACUUCCACCUCUUCCUGUGGUGGAAAAGCCAAAACUGUUUUUUAAAAAACGCCCUAAAACAAUAGUAAAGGCUGGACCAGAAUAUGGUCAAGGAAUGAACCCUAUUAGCCGCCUGGCUCAAAUUCAACAGGCCAAAAAGGAAAAGGAGCCAGAUUAUGUUUUGCUUUCAGAAAGAGGAAUGCCUCGACGUCGAGAAUUUGUGAUGCAGGUCAAGGUAGGCAGUGAAGUUGCUACCGGAACAGGACCUAAUAAAAAGAUAGCCAAAAAAAAUGCUGCAGAAGCAAUGCUGUUACAACUUGGUUAUAAAGCAUCUACUAGUCUUCAAGAUCAACUUGACAAGACAGGGGAAAACAAAGGAUGGAGUGGUCCAAAGGCUGGAUUUCCUGAACCAACAAAUAACACUCCAAAAGGAAUUCUUCAUUUGUCUCCUGAUGUUUAUCAAGAGAUGGAAGCCAGCCGCCACAAAGUAAUCUCUGGCAAUACUCUAGGCUAUUUGUCACCCAAAGAUAUGAACCAACCUUCAAGCUCUUUCUUCAGUAUAUCUCCCACAUCGAAUAGUUCAGCUACAAUUGCCAGGGAACUCCUUAUGAAUGGAACAUCUCCUACAGCUGAAGCCAUAGGUUUAAAAGGAAGUUCUCCUACUCCCCCUUGUUCUCCAGUACAACCUUCAAAACAACUGGAAUAUUUAGCAAGGAUUCAAGGCUUUCAGGUUCACUACUGUGAUAGACAAAGUGGCAAAGAGUAUGUGACCUGUCUGACAUUAGCCCCUGUGCAGAUGACUUUCCAUGCUAUUGGAAGCUCCAUUGAAGCCAGCCAUGACCAGGCAGCUUUAAGUGCCUUGAAACAAUUUUCUGAACAAGGAUUGGAUCCAAUCGAUGGGGCAAUGAAUAUUGAAAAAGAUUCUCUUGAAAAACAAGCCAAGCAUCUGAGAGAGAAAGCAGACAAUAACCAGGCACACCCAGGCUCCGUUGCUCAGGACUGCAAGAAAUCAAAGCCGGCCAUCUAGCAGCUCCCUGGGCCCACGGCUGCCACCGCAUCCUUAUAAACCUGUCAGCACGCAUGAGGGUGUCUGUGUUCAAGGAAAUGAAUGACUAAUACCAUUAUUUGAGUCUUAUGUGAAGACAACACUAUUCUAACACAACAGAUAAUGUACAUGGUCCUGUUUAUUCAACUGGGGAAAAAUAAAACUUUGAGCAUUUCCCUUGGAACUUGAGAUCAGAUCAUAACUCAUUUGCCCAGAGGCAGCAGAAAUCUGAUCCUGCUACUGGAGCUUAAAAUAACAAUUAAUGAAAAGUGUUAGAAACAGAACUAAAAACGUUAAAUGAUUAAUAGAGAAGUUGGAUUUGGUUCUGUUAUGAUUGUUUCGUCGUGGAGCUUGUGUUCAGUUAUUUUCUCUCUCUUGUUUUAAAUAAUGCUUGACAGUUCAAAAAUUAACCACUGACUGUGCUGUGGAAUGUGAUGGUUGUUGUCUUCAUAGAGAGUCACAUGGUUUCUCUUUUUAUGCAGAUAUUUGUAAUCUUCAUCCUAUAUUAAUAUGAAUAACUGGAAGGUGCACUACGCAAAGUUGUAUGCAAACAAACAUGUUUUAAAUCAGGUCAGAUAUUUGAUUAAAAAAUAUGAAAUAACGUUAGGAGCAAGUAGUUUCCAUAUACUCCAGGAAUUUAAAACAAAAACAAAACAAAGCAGUUCUGAGUUUUGAGCUCCAUAAUACUAUCAGCAACUAAAGAGGCGGCUUGCCUCUGUACCUCGUUUUCCUGCGUUCUACUCCUUGUGGCAAUCACGCCCACCCCCAUCUGUGUGUUAUAGCCACUCACUGUUUGCAUCAGGAGUGUGUUUAGGAACUGCCUCUGGACUUAGGACAGUGAGGCGACUCCAGUAUGUAACGUACAUGGUGGGGAAGGAAAGCUUGUUGGAGGAGCUUGUAGCCAGCCACGCUCUGGACCAGCAUGUUGGAAUCCAGCGUGGAGCAAAUGCAGUAAAAUUUGGUUGGUUUCUGUGUGAA